CCUGCAAGGCCUGCUGGGAGUUGUUAUUCUUGGAGUAAUUCAAGAUGGCGCAGUCCUUAUCGGCUGAAGAGUUCGGUCGAAUACAGGAGCAGAUCAUCGAGCUGCGCACUCUGAAUUACGAACUUGAAGCGCAAAAUCAAAGACAAGAUUCUGAAAUCAAAAACCUCCAAGACAAAUUACUCUCACAAGAGAAAGAGCUUCAGAAAAGUCAAAAGAUUAUAAAUAAAAGCAAGCAGAAAAAGGAAUAUUCACUAUUGUUAGAGGAAAAUGAAAGUUUACAAAGACAGUUUCAGUCUCAAGAAGAGAAUUUUAAACUACAAAAUCAAACUCUCCUUCUGGAGAUAACAAGGCUAAAUGAAGAAAACGAUUCCUUGAAAAAGGAUUUUGAAAAAUUGCACAAGACUGGGUCACAAGAGAAUAGCAGUAAUGAUGCAGAAAUCAUCCGACUUAGGGCUGAAAAUGUAGCGUUGCAGAAAAGUCUUGCAAGUGCACAAGAAAGGUACGAUCAAGAGCUGGAAGCCUUACAGAAAAAUUCCAAACAAGCUACUGAAGAAGAAAAUGUUGAAAAUAAAAUUACGGAAUUAGAAAUCAAGGAUUCAUCUACUGAGCCUUUGAAUAUUACCGAUGGUGAUUCAAAUUCAAACAAUGAAAACGAUGACGUUAAUAAUAAAUUACAAUAUAUUUUAAAUGAAGAAUUAAAUGAACUUAGUAUAAAGAUACAAAGUCUACAAACUAAAGAUGUCCAAGUUAAUGGUGACAUUGGGUCAGAGGACAAUACCAAAGAGACUGAAAAUCACACCAUUGAUGUUGAAAUACAGUCUGUAAAGGACAGAAUAGUAACAGCAAUAUCACCUUUACUAUCUGCUGAUUCAAAGGUUAAUGGAAAUGCCAGAAUAAGUAAAGAGUCCUUUCAACAGUCUGAAGCUAAAGUUUUAUCAUUAGAGAGACAGGUGAAAGAAAUGUCAGGACUGCAAUUACGUCUGGACACCGAACUGGAGGAAAAACACCUUCUUCAAGAACAAUUACUACAGAGAGAGGAAAGUAGUCAAAAAGAAAUUGCGCAACAAAAAGAUGACAUUUCAAAGUUAACAGACAAGCUCAAAAAGAAACAAGAAAGGUUACUAAACAUGUUUUAAUUCCAUUUGAUUCACUCUAAAUUACAAUUUUUAAGUCAUACAAGUACAUAUU